AUAUGAAAAACGUCAUAAUAAAACAGAGAGAGAUAGAUGGGUUGCGGAAGGGAACAUGAAACGUUGCACUGAGAGGACUCAUGACCGGACAGCAUAGUCAACUAUAUAGUCAGUGCUGCCACCUUGGAAAUCGCGAUUAACAACGUUGUUCUCAUGUCCUUUUUCUCCAGGCUGUGCCCCUGUUUCUGCAAGGGAGCCGCAACCUCCGGCGACGGCGGCGACCACCACGACGAUCACAGCGGGCCGGCGGACUCCUUGGACCUGAUUUUCGACCUCCACACUCUCCAACUCGCUACCAACUUCUUCAGCAGCCUCAACCAGCUAGGUCAUGGAGGCUUUGGCCCUGUCUUCAAGGGAAUGAUGCCAAAUGGUCAAGAAGUGGCGGUUAAGAAGCUGUCAUUGGAAUCUAGGCAAGGAGUUAAAGAAUUCACCAACGAAGUCAGGCUAUUACUCAGAAUUCAGCACAAGAACUUGGUUACAUUACUUGGUUGUUGUGCAGAAGGGCCUGAAAAGAUGCUUGUCUAUGAGUAUCUACCUAACAAAAGUCUUGAUCACUUUCUGUUUGAUAAGAGGAAGUCUUCAUCUUUGGACUGGGCAAAACGAUUCAGAAUAGUUACUGGUGUGGCAAGAGGACUUCUCUACCUGCAUGAAGAGGCACCAGAAAGAAUUAUACACAGGGACAUUAAAGCUAGUAACAUAUUGUUGGAUGACAAGUUAAUUCCGAAAAUUUCAGACUUUGGUUUGGCAAGGUUGUUUCCUGGGGAGGACACUCACGUACAGACAUUUAAGAUUUCCGGUACACAUGGUUACAUGGCUCCUGAAUAUGCAUUGCGAGGAUAUCUGUCAGUGAAGACGGAUGUUUUCAGUUAUGGAGUCCUGGUGUUGGAAAUAGUUAGUGGGAGAAAAAACCAAGAUAUGCGACUUGGACCAGAAAAAGCAGAUCUCUUGAGCUAUGCAUGGUCGCUUUAUCAAGGAGGGAGAAUAAUGGAAUUGAUUGAUCCAACCCUCGGCAAAUACAAUGGUGAUGAGGCAGCAAUGUGCAUUCAGCUAGGUUUGUUGUGCUGCCAAGCAAGCAUAAUUGAAAGACCUGACAUGAAUGCUGUUCAUCUCAUGAUCUCAAGUGAUUCCUUCACUUUGCCAAGACCAGGUAAACCUGGAAUUCAAGGUCGUACAGGACGUUGGACCACAACUACAUCUGCUUUGACCAAUACCAAUGCUAGUAACACUACCAGGGUCUCAGGUGGUAGUGGUAGUUUUGUAGAGGAUUAUUCUAGAAAUUCUAUAUCUACCUCUUCUUUUGAUGAAGGCAGAUGACCUCCAUCCAUAAUGUAUAGGGUGCAAUAGAAGCUCUAUUUAGGGUAUUCUUUUUGUAUUACUGUAGUUAUCUUAAUAGAGGAAUGGUUUGAUGACGAACAAAA